AUGGCCUCUCGCUGCUCUCUCUCAUCGUCUCACGUUAGUGGCCUGUCUAGUGCUACUGUUGCUAAACUUCGACGAUCAUUACUCCGGCAUCCUCAUCUCAUCCCCAUCUCUCUACCUACCAUCUCACAAUCACAGCAACAGAUCGCACCGUCUCACAGUGGCAUCAAGGCAGCAACAUACAGCAGGAUGAGCUUUGGGAGCUUGAAGAGUCUGGUGGCGGAAGCGGCCAUUAGAGGAGUGACCGAGGCAAGGGCAAAUAUAUUUGGGCAUGUACUUAAUCCAACAGGGCAGAGAUCUUCGCACAAGAUCCUACGCAAGAAGCUGAUUGGUCAGAAAGUUGCAGAAUGGUACCCUUAUGACAUCAAGAAAGAUGACCCUCUUGUCAUGGCCCGACAAGAACAAGAGAGGCCCGAGUUUAUGUAUUAUCCAACUUGGAUCGUGGGUGAUUUGGUAUGGAGUAUGAUUGCAGAUACACUUUAA